GUCUCGGUUUCUUUUGUCUUUUGUAAUUCUGGACAAAAAACGAACGUGAUAUAGUUUCGGAUAAUCGUCUCCCUUGCUUGUUGCCGGGCGGUAUAAGCCGGGUUCACGUAGGCCGUUGCGUGGCCUUCAGUCGCGUGACUACGGACGUCAAGAGGAUUGCAGGACGUUCAUUGGCCCACUGGAAACGGGCGCUUCACUGGAAGCGGAUCGAUACUGAGUUCCGGAACUCAACAAGUGGGUGCUUGAGGUCUAGCGAUGUUUUCCAAGUCUCUGAUGUCACUGAGGAAGCCAGCAGUGCGACUGCGGCAGUGUCUUAUUGCUGUGGCUGGUGCAAAGGGUCAACAAUGGAAACACACAGAAUCUAGCUUUCCUCGGCAGGAGGAACAAUACGCGGAGCAGCAGCGGCGCAACCGACGGGCCGGCCAUAUGUCCGAGCUGGUGCGCGACUUCCUGGCGCCGGCCGAUUUCCACCGCGCCCUCGUCGACGUCGGCAUCGACUUCUUCUGCGGCGUGCCCGACUCGCUGCUCAAAGACUUCUGCGCGUACAUCACGGCCAGCGUGGCCGAGUCGCAUCACGUGAUCGCGGCCAACGAGGGUUCGGCGGUGGCGCUGGCGGCCGGCUAUCACCUGGCCACCGGACGCACUCCGCUCGUAUAUCUGCAGAACUCUGGCCUGGGCAACGCGGCCAACCCGCUGCUGUCGCUGGCCUCGCCGGACGUGUACAGCUUCCCGAUGCUGCUGCUGAUCGGCUGGCGCGGCGAGCCGGGCAAGCGAGACGAGCCGCAGCACAUGGUGCAGGGACAGGCCACACCCAGAUUGCUAGACGCCAUGGGCAUCCCGUCUGAGCCGCUGCCGGACUACAUAGCGGGCGCCGAGCGGGCGCUGCACACGGCCCUCCGGCACAUGCGAACCGUUCAGGGGCCGUACGCGCUGCUGGUCAAGCGACAGGCGUUCUCGCCGCAUGCGCUCGAGCUAGAACCGGCGUUCGAUUCGCCGCUCAGCCGCGAGGCGGCGCUGCAACUGCUGGCCGACGGGCUGCACGACCGCGACGUGCUGGUCAGCACCACGGGCAUGGCAUCGCGUGAGCUGUUCGAAUACCGCGUGGCGCGCGAGCAGGGCCACGAGCGCGACUUCCUCACGGUCGGCUCCAUGGGACACGCCUCGUCCAUCGCGCUUGGCAUCGCUCUGCAGAAGCCGGCGAGGCAGGUGGUCUGUCUGGACGGUGACGGCGCCCUGCUGAUGCACAUGGGCUCGCUGGCCAUCGUCGGGCAGCGCCAGCCGCGCAACUUCAAGCACGUGGUGCUGAACAACGGCGCGCACGACUCUGUGGGCGGUCAGCCGACGGCCGCCGCCGACCCUGCCUCACUCGACAUCGCGCAGGUGGCGCUGGCGUGCGGCUACCGUCAGAACAAGGCUGACCUCAUGCAGUUCCUGGCCACCGACUGA